AUGUCUGCGAUACGAAUUUCGUCUGUUUCCUCAAAACGCCGCUCUUCGGUCGUCAGCUCUUCGACGAGCUCAUUUACUCAAGAUAUGGAGCGUCAUCUUUUAGAGGUCGGCCUAUCUAGGCUCGAUCUUACAGAUGACGCGACCUCUUCCGCGCCCCAUGGUGAGAUGAACAAUGAGGUCGGCGGACCCUCCACCGUGCCGCAGAAACGCGAGGAGGCUUCGGGACAGUCAGAUCUGGAUGGCUCUGGAGACGUCGACGACUCUGAAGACCUCUGCUCUGUGAAAGAUGAGGUCGGCUCGUUCGCUCCUCUAGUGAAUGAUGAAGGCGCUGACUCUCCCAGGCAAGGUCUGGGUCGCUACAUCGAGCUAGAGCCUAAAGAUAGCGCGGCCUCAGCGGCUACUGCCCUAUCUCUGGAGAAGAUGCGACGAGAGAGCGGCCUUUCGGCCGACAUAGAGUUUGUUGUCCAGGCUACCGACCAAUGCCCGUGGGCUCCUCCGCCUCGCAUUCUGAUCCAGUAUUGUCUCGGCGGUUAA